CUCUUCUUCAUUCAUCAUGGGUGACAACAACCAAGCUACCACCGGCUUCGACCCUGCCGCCAAUGCUCCCGAUGCUGCUGCCUGGGACAAGGGCAAGGGCAAGGCCACAGACCCCACCCAAGACAUGCGCAUGGACGAUGAUGAGAGUGACGAGAGCGAGGCCGAAGAAAUGGUCGAUGAUGACGACGAUGAAGACAACGAUAACUUGGAGCCCAUCUCCUCGGAGAACAUCAUCUCCGGUGGCCGCCGUACACGCGGCAAGAACAUUGACUUCCAAGCCGCCGCUGAGAGUCUGAAGGAUGAGGGCAUGGACGAGGAUGACGAUGAGGACGACGACUACGUCGGCGCUGGUGAUGACGACGAGGACAACAAGAUGCAGGAUUAGAUUUUUGGAUCAAGCUACAACGAUACCAACACACACUUAGGGGCGGCGAGCGCACAUGGGAUUUGGGAUGGAUAGGCGCAGGGUCUGUUUUGAGGGUUUCUUCGGUUCCUUUAUGCCGGUUACACUUUCAUCUCUUAAUCAUAUUAUGAUGUUUUUCUUUUCCAGGUUUUGGGAUGGAUACGGAUCAUUAUGAUUGCCUAUGCGCUUUUUUGUCAUUCCAAUGUUAUUUCCCGAUAGGCACACCCUGGACCCUUUUUCUCGCCGGGCCAGGUUCGGCUGCAACUAUCGCCUCGCAAUGGGGUUCAACUGAGCUAUCG